AAAAAAUAAUUCUAAAUGCUCUCUUGGACUCAAAGCUUUUUAUGUAUGUAACAUCAUAAGUAAUAACUAACAACAAUCUAAAGUACAAAGUGACAAUGAGCGGUAUAAAAAAUAGUAAUAGUUAAUAAAUAAUAAAAAAAAAGCUGAUGAUGCAUGAAUUUUAAAUGGCGAAAAAUUAAAUUCGGCCUUGCAGAAACCAACUGACAAGUACUUAUUUCCUUUUGUAUUAUGUAUGCAAAGUGUUCUCGUUUCUUAAAGCGAAGUAGUUGACAUUAAAAAGUGGAUGGAACUUAAAGUAAUAAGAAGUAUCUUUACAAGACGUUUUAGUAACAUAUACAUCAACUGUACAUAUCAUAUGUAUACAUUCUACAUGUUAUAAAGAUCGCUCGGUGAAAAAUGUGAUAGUAAGAUAAUGUUUGCUUCGUUUUAACAGUGUAUUAUCAUUAUCAUUGAUAACCAGGCGUGUCUUGAUAAGAAAGUGACUUAUAAUAAUAUUAAGAAAAAGUAUAAAUACCAAUAUUUUAUUUUUUAAGUCAGUUUUAAGUUUUUCGACACUGUCUACCAUGGUUCGAGAUCGUUUAGCUGAAUUGUGUGCUAACAAACGGAAUGAUUGUAAGAGUUUUUUGCCAGAAAUAAGCCAGAAGCUUUCUAACAAAAAAGUUAAAGAUGUGUUAGAUGAAGCGGAAAAAAUACGUGAUAUGGUAAGAAUAUUGCAAGAUAAUAUUAAUAUUGUUAAAGAUUUACACAACAAUGUUUUAUCCCACACAGAUUUAGGAAUUCAAAAUGAAUUGGAAAGUAGAACCUUUAUAAUAUCACAAACAGCAUUUAGAAUCCGUACUAGUUUAAAAGAGUUGGGAAAAGAUGUGUCGAGUGUUGAUGAACUGACGUUGGAGAGCGCGAGAGAUGGUCCCGUUUAUAUGCGAAUUAAAUUUUUGCAGUGUGCAACUAUACUGAGGAUGUUUUCAGAUAUUAUGCAUGCUUAUAAUGAAUCGUUAUUGAGAUAUCAUGAUAAGUGCUCGUCGUUGUUACACCAGCAAAGGAUAUUACUUAGAAAAGAAACAGCAAGUCAAAUAUUCGAUCAAUCCGAUAAUGAUGAAGAAAAAACAAAUCUUUUUGUGGAUAACAUACUAGAAGAAAGUAGAUUAGCUAAAUUACAACUUACAGAAAUACAAUUUAGACAUAAUGAAAUAAUAAAAUUAGAAAAAUCAAUAAAGGAAAUAAGAGAUAUGUUUUUAGAAAUAGCCUUUUCUGUUGAAAAACAGGGUGAGCAACUAAAUUGUGUUGAAUAUUUUGCUUGUAAAGCAACAGACGACGUAGAAGGUGGCCGUUGUGAUCUUACAAAAGCCGAAAAAAGACGUCGCAGAAAUCGAAAAAGAAAAACAAAGUUACUUAUCAUACUCGGCAUUAUAAUUAUUAUUCUACUGCUAAUUGCUAUUUUCUUAUAAAUAUUGUCAUACAAGGCUACUGAUAAAUUCUUCAAAAAAUACCUUAAGAUAGUAAUAAAA